AUGCCGCCGCCGACAUACGACCAGCCCUUCGAUGCUGAUGCUUCUGUCCCUCCCGACCAAGCUCAAGGCGUAUGGCGCGUUUACAGCUUGUCCAUUGGCGACACCGAAGCUGCCGCUGCGGCGGCCGAAGCCAUUGUCAAUGGAUUCCGUGCUAGGUGGUUCAAUGGCUUGCUGCCAUCUGACGACGAGGACCGGAACGAUAUGGCGGAUAACUUGCGCUUUCAGAUGCAGUCGGUUUCGCUGUGUUCCUCAUCGGAUGAGGCCUACGACGAAUCCUCCGACGACGGACCGAUUGAAUCGAUCGGUGCAGUAAUGCAUGCAAGAGCUGGCAUCGCUCCCGCCACUCAACCUGCUCCCAACACUCAGCAUGCUCUCGAUGCCGAGCCUGCUCGCUCCGCUCCGCCUGCCCCGCCUGUUUCGCCCACUUUGACCGCAACACAACAGCAGCAGGAGCAGCAAGGUGACGACCAGGACCCGCCGCACAUGCAACUCCCUGUGCCUUCGUCCAAGCCGGAUUUCGUCUCUGAACUGCGAGCUAGGAUGCUGAAGCUCCGCAACCUAGUUCUUAGGAAGCAUGUGCCGUCGGCAGAGGAGCUCGAGUAG